AUGGUCAUUCAGAUACCUUUGAAAGCAGGUAGACUUCGCGCCAUUCGUGAGGCUGUCUAUCGAGCAGUGCAGAGGAACUUUAAAAUCGUGCUUGAAGAAGAACAGGGCCAUUAUGAGUGCAAAUGGGCUAGUUUAGUCCGAAAAGAACAAAAACAACUGCGAAGAUGGCUUCCGGAACUAUUCGUCGACGAAGAAAAAGAUAUAAAUUUGAUGAGUAAAUCCGAUAUAGAAGCUGAAUUGGACAAGCAAAUCGCCGACGAAAAAAACUUAAACAAGUGGGAAACCUUUGAAAAAAUCCGUCAAGGAGAAGGAUUCGCGUAUGUUUGUCACCAAGUGGCGGAAUUCAAGAAUGAGCCAAUUUUUUUGCUCGUUAGUCCGUUUUCAAAAGAGAAAAUUCCGAUAAUCAAGUCUGCUCUCUACGAAGCCAUAAAUGAUGGAAUGAUAGUAAUGGAGAAGAACGCGGAUCCGGUUCAAUUUUGCAAAAACCCAAAUCAAAUGUGGGCCUUUUCUUGGACCGACGAGGUCCGUAAGAAUCCAGACAAACUCGUCAAACACAUGCCUGAUUUAUUCCCGGGUCAUCCAGAUGUAAUAAGAAAAAAAGCGACGCUCGAAAAGCUCAGGGCACAGUACGAAGCUCGAGGGUAUCAAUACACUCAGUUCCACAUCGAAGGAGAAGAAAAAGAAGACGCUUUUGUGAUUAAAAAGCCGAUUGCUGAAGAAAAUGUUUCUGCCAUUCGAAGAGCUCUGCAUAUGGCCAUAAGCAAAAAUCUCAGAAUCGGGAUCGAAGUCAAAGAUGGUUCUAUCGAAGAGUGCGAUUGGGUUCAAACGGUUAGAAUGACACCGGCUUUGCUCAAGAAUUACAUGCCAGAACUCUUCCCUGAAUCUCAAGAAAGCAAAGAAAAGAGCGAAGAAGAAAAAGUCACUUCAGAAGUUUCAAAUCUAAAGCAAGCUCUUGCCGCGCAAGUCACUGAGAAAAUCUCAAAAGAAAUAACGAUCGAAAUCCAAGAAGAAACAACGAAAGAACUGAUAAUCCUUCAAGCCGAAAGAGCCUUUGCGAUCAGAAUGAUUGUGUUCAUGCUAAGUUACGUAACUAGACGAGAGAAAAAUAUGUAUCUCGAUUUGAACUUGACAUGGCUGCCGAUUUUCUUCGCCCUGUGGACCCUCGUCGGCUGGCUGCUUUGCUACAUCGUCGCAGUCCUAACAGGCCAUAUUGAUCCUCUUUUGCCCCUAAUUUCGAUGUGCGGCGCGCAAUGGCCCGAAUCUUCACUCUUUUCUUUAUUUAUGAACAUGUCCGCUGUCAUGUCUGCCUUUCUUUCGUACUUUCGCUUCAGACAGGUGCAGCACUUCCAGUCCCGCUGCUCUGAAAUCUCGAAAAUCUGGAAGCUCAACGCAGCCGGCGUUGUCCUCGGCAUUUUAUCCUCCGCUGGUCUCCUCAUCGUUGCGAAUUUCCAAGAAGCACGUGACCCGUGGCCGCAAGUUUACCUGGCGCAUGUUACCGGCGCUUUGGUGACCUUUACCGCUGGAACAGCAGUAAGCGGCCUUCAAGCGUGGAUAACGUACUUGAUGCAUCCAGAAGUGGUGGAUAUGUGGAUCUUUUGGAUUCGAAUCUUUAUUGCUUUCAUAUCAGUGGGAACCUAUAUUUCGGCAAUUGUAGUUGGCAAAUUGGCGCAUAUUGAAAGAGCAUUCAACGGAACGGACGGCGACCGAACAGAUUUCAAUUGGGACAAAGACUCGCCCUCCUACCCACUCGAUCUCACUCUAGCUGCCUGCGAAUGGCUUGUUGGCCUCGCCUUUGUCGCGUAUUUUCUUACGCUUUAUCCAGACUUCAAGCGUCUGACUCUCCGCCAUUGCUUCAGCCACACGCAUCGUUCCCUCCGAGCCGAUUCUGAUAUCGAAAACUCGACUCUCAUCAGCAGCCAAGUUUGCCGGCAAAGCUCAGUCCGCUCUGCGAUCACGGGAGCCAUCAACCAAGUAUCAAAUCGUUCGAGCCAAGAAUACCAGCAGUAA